AAAAUUAUUCAGCUCCCCUUUUUUACAUUUCAUUGUAUUUUUCCUUCGCCUGCCAAUUCAAAUCGUCAAAACAGAAUAACUACUAAAAGCAAUUUGAGAGUACCUACACUAGUGCAUGUUUAUCUGAAAUUAUUUUUAAAAUAAUGCUUUUAAAUAUUCUAUCAGCUUAACGACCCCAAACUGGAUAUAUUUUUUUCGAAAUGUAAACACAAUAAACAUCAAUUUCUCGCCGGGAAAACAAGUGCGUGGGCGGAAAAUCGUUUCUCAGUCAAUACCAAUCCGAUAAACUCGAAUUGCUCGCAUAUCGCUCGAUCUCAUGGAAAUCGGCGCAAAGAUGGGAAGUGAUAACAAUAAAAAUUCUUAUAAUAGAUCGAAAAAACAGAUCCGAGUCUUGUAGUGCGAAUAAACAUACAUUUUUACGCGGCGUGUAAGAAUUGUUGGAGAAUCGGAUACCAUACAACAGUCGGUAACUAUUUUUGGAUUACUCGAGACGCGUUUUGUACUUUGCCAGGCCAAAUGUUGUUUAUGGGAGUUUAUUAUCAAAGCGAACAAGAAAAAAAGUUCAAAACGGCAUGCGAAACGGCCAGGAAACUCUCCAAACGGACGCCUAACAAUGAAGUAAUAGAAUUGUAUUCGUUGUACAAACAAGCUACCGUCGGUAAUAUCAAUGUUGCUAAACCGGCGGACGAGUUUGCGAGGAAGAAAUGGGAGGCUUGGCAUUCGAAGAGAGGGGUCACUGUCAACAAGGCCAAGGAGCAAUACGUUGCCAAAGUGAAGUAUUUAUCGGGAGUGUACACCUAAGAGAAGUCUACCUGAAAUCGUAGUCGAAAUUAGAAAUGUCUUAACAACGUAACUUUAAUUACAAUUCGAUAAAAAAUUCAUUUAACAAUUAGAAGAGUAUAGAAAUGUGUAGAAUAAAGACACGUUAUAACAAAAUGAAUUUCCAUAUACCAUAACAAAACACCGAUUAAUAAAAUGUUUUUUUUAAAUUGUAUAACAAUAUAAAAAUAAAAUAGACUAGUAAUCAAAAAUAUAGUUUGCUUACAAUUUGAAUGUGGUUCGAUUCACCUUAAAUUUUAUUAUCACUGGUGCUAAGCAAAAGUACACAAAAUACGACAGAUGUAAUAUAUAAAAAUACAAAAUAUACAGUAUGUCUGAAAAAGUUGGCAACAUAUGGGAAACUUUUUUAUUUGUAAUGUUACGAAAAAAAAUUAUUCUUUAUAAAAAAAUCUGCAUGGCUAAUAAAGUAAAACGCAAAUAUCAGAUGUCAAUUUUUUAAAUCGUAUACGUUUGUCAAGAAAUAUGAAUUUGAUACAAGAAUAAAGUACCUUUAUUUUUAUCAAUAUCAAAAACUUUAUGAAAAAAUGUUCGAAAUGGA